AUGGAUGAUGUUGAGAUCUGUUUGUUCAAUUGGAAAAGCAGAUUACUCUUUACAUCAGUAGAAAUGGACAGCAGCAGUUUCAUUCAGUUUGAUGUGCCCGAGUACAGCAACACUGUUCUGAGCCAGUUAAACGAACUCCGCUUGCAAGGGAAGCUAUGUGACAUAAUUGUGCAUAUUCAGGGUCAGCCGUUUCGAGCCCAUAAAGCUGUCCUAGCUGCCAGUUCUCCCUAUUUCCGUGACCAUUCAGCAUUGAGCACCAUGAGUGGCUUAUCAAUAUCAGUUAUUAAAAAUCCCAAUGUCUUUGAACAGUUGCUUUCUUUUUGUUACACUGGAAGGAUGUCCUUACAGCUGAAGGAUGUUGUUAGUUUUCUAACCGCAGCUAGCUUUCUACAGAUGCAGUGCGUCAUUGACAAGUGCACACAGAUACUGGAGAGUAUUCACUCAAAGAUCAGUGUUGGUGAUGUUGACUCUGUCACUGUUGGUGCUGAAGAAACGCCAGAAAACCGCAAUGGAGUUAAAGACAGCAGCUACUUUGCCAACCCUAUUGAGAUAUCUCCCCCCUAUUGCUCUCAGGUGCGACAGUCAACAGCAGGCAGCGAUCUUAGGAUGGAAACUACUCCUGGCAAAACUCUACGUAGUCGUCUGCAAGAAGAAGGGCAUUCAGAUCGAGGAAGCAGUGGGAGCAUCUCUGAAUAUGAGAUUCAGAUUGAAGGUGAUCAUGAGCAAGGUGACCUGAUAGUAAGGGAAAGUCAGAUUGCAGAGGUGAAAGUUAAAAUGGAGAAGUCUGACAGGCCAAGCUGCUCUGACAGCUCUUCUCUUGGUGAUGAUGGAUAUCAUACGGAAAUGGUGGAUGGAGAGCAAGUGGUGGCAGUAAAUGUUGGUUCCUAUGGGUCUGUCUUACAGCAUGUCUAUUCAUUUACCCAUGCCUCAUCACAGGCUACAGGUGUGUCUGAAACCUUUGGAAGCCUGAGCAAUACGAGUCCUUCAAGGUCAAUGCUGAGCUGUUUCAGAGGGGGUCGUGCACGCCAAAAACGGGUAUCCACCAGUCACUUGCACAGUGAUGUUCAGGGCUUGGCGCAAGGGGCUGACAGUGAAUCCAUGGUGAGUAACCCAGGAUAUGAAAAUAGUCCACAGGAAAGAAAUGCCAGAGGUCAUUGGUAUCCAUACAAUGAGAGGCUGAUCUGUAUUUACUGUGGGAAGUCUUUCAACCAGAAAGGGAGCCUUGAUCGACACAUGCGAUUGCACAUGGGAAUAACUCCUUUCGUGUGCAAGUUUUGUGGGAAGAAAUACACCCGCAAGGACCAACUUGAGUAUCAUAUUCGUGGUCACACAGAUGACAAGCCCUUUCGUUGUGAGAUCUGUGGCAAAUGUUUUCCUUUCCAGGGCACACUAAACCAGCAUUUGCGAAAAAAUCACCCUGGGGUAACCGAAGUAAGGAACAGGGUAGAGUCUCCAGACAGAACAGAAGCAUUUGUGGAACAGAAAGUAGAUAAUGAUGCUUCUGUUUCUGAAGCUAUGGAUUCUGGUAUGGAAAUUCAUGCAAUGUCUAACACAUCUGAUUAA